UGGGGCUUGAUUCUGUCAUCUUCUUCCUUCUCUGUUCAUCACGCGCUGCGUGAAACAGCUCCCUUCCACUCCCGUGCUCUCCUCGCCAUUGUCGUUCCAUCCCAUCUCUCUCUAACCUCUCUUUCUCCUCUCUCUCUAGCACGCUCGCUCUCUUCGCGCCACUGGGUAGGAGGAGAUGGCCGCAAACGAUUUGCUGUUGGACUACUUGGCGGCUGCCGUUGAGGCCGCGCAGAAAGCCGGAGAGGUUAUUCGCAAAGGAUUCUACCAGACCAAGCAUGUCGAGCACAAAGGCCAGGUGGAUUUAGUCACUGAAACUGACAAGGCAUGUGAAGAUCUCAUAUUUAACCAUCUCAAGCAGCUUUAUCCCGCACACAAGUUUAUCGGUGAAGAAACUACUGCUGCUUGUGGGACCUCAGAGCUGACUGAUGAACCUACAUGGAUAGUGGAUCCUCUUGACGGAACAACCAACUUUGUUCAUGGAUUCCCCUUCGUUUGCAUAUCUAUUGGGCUUACGAUUGGAAAGGUUCCUACAGUUGGUGUUGUAUAUAAUCCAAUUAUGGAGGAGCUUUUCACUGGUGUUCAAGGGAAAGGUGCUUAUCUGAAUGGAAAACCUAUCAAAGUGUCAUCUCAAUCAGAACUUGUGAAAUGCCUACUUGCCACCGAGGCUGGUACCAAGCGGGAUAAGCCAACGUUGGAUGCGUCUACUGAGAGAAUCAAAAGUCUACUUUUCAAAGUGAGGUCAGUUCGCAUGAGUGGAUCCUGUGCAUUGAACCUCUGUGGAGUUGCUUGUGGACGGCUUGAAUUAUUCUAUGAAACCGGCUUCGGAGGUCCCUGGGAUGUGGCAGGUGGAGCUGUGAUAGUGAAAGAAGCUGGAGGUCUUGUUUAUGAUCCAUCUGGUGAGGAUUUCGACAUCACAUCUCAGCGGGUUGCGGCUUCAAACCGUUUUGUCAAGGAUGCAUUCGUGGAGGUUUUGGAACAAACAGCAUGAGAUGGGACCGACCCAGUUGAGCGAAAUUUAAAAGGAGCUCAAUUAUUUAGUAUUAUGACAUGAAUAAACUUUAGUUUACUUGUUCUUCUGAACAAUUUCAAACUCUAUUGUAAUAAAAUACUUCACAAGGGGCUAAGGAAAUCCAGUUUUUUUUUAAUUGUUCA